CAUAGCACAAUGGACCAUAACGUCAUUCCGUCUUGAUCCGCUUCAGCUGAAGGUCGGGUUGUUCUUCGAAUACAAAUAACGGACUAUUCGCGUCCUCAUUACAACAUUCAGGUUUAGGCAGCCUCAGUUCUACGUUUUUCUUCGAUCAUACCAGUUCAACCUUGCCAUUGGACGUUCGACUCAAACAAAUAGAAACAGAAAUAUGUGGGGCGUUUUGUUGUUUGCGUCUCUUGCAUUGACUAAUGGCGUCGAACAUAAAACAAUUUAUUCGUGGAGCAACGUCGAAUAUAAUUUUCCAAAUGACGCUAUUCGAGAUUCUCUGAUAUACAGUGGUGGAUACGUACCCGAAAAUAAUAUGCCACUUGGUCUAGAAAAUUGGAAAGACAAGAUAUUUGUUACUGUACCUCGAUGGAAGAAUGGCGUCGCGUCCAAUUUAAAUUACAUCUCAAAGAACGAUCCAUCAGAAUCCCCAAAAUUAACUCCCUAUCCUAAUUGGGAAACGAAUUGCAUUAAUACACCUGAUGGCAUUGUAAGCAUCUUCCGUGUCAAAGUCGACGCAUGCGAUCGAUUAUGGGGUGUCGACACAGGUACUGAUGACAUUUUAGGCAAUAGCACACAAGUACGACCAGUGAGAAUUUUCGUAAUCGAUUUGAUAACAGAUAAGAUAUUGAGAAUAUAUCCUCUAAAAAGUACAGACCAAACUUCAAAUUCUUUCUUUGCCGAUUCGGUAGUCGAUGCAGAUCCAGAUAAUUGUGACAACGCACACUUCUACAUUUCCGAUUUAAGCGGAUAUGGUUUGGUUGUUUAUAGUUGGGCCAAGAACGAUUCCUGGCGAAUCUCGCACAAUUUCUUCCACUUCGAUCCUCUUCAUGGAAACUUUAAUAUCAGUGGAUUCAACUUCCAAUGGCAGGAUGGCAUAUUUGGAAUGUCUUUGUCCGCACCACAAAGCGACAAUUAUAAAACUUUAUAUUUCCACGCGAUGGCUGGUAUCACUGAAUUUUCCGUAUCUACCGAAACCUUGCAGGAUAGCACGUUAAAGAAAGCUAGUAAUUAUGAUGAUUUUCACGUCGAGGGUGCGAAAGGUCCACUUACUCAAGGACCUACUUCUGUGAUUGAUACGAACACUGGUAUCGAUUAUUUCACUCAAGUAAGCAAAAAUGGCAUCGCUUGUUGGGAUACCAGUGUCGAAUUAAAUCCAAAUACCUUCAUUCUUGCAGUUCAAGACAACACAACGAUGAUCUUUCCUAACGAUUUGUCGAUCGAUCGGCCCAACAACAUGCUUUAUGUGCUCUCCGAUAAUUUACCACAAUUUAUGUUCUCUACUUUUGACAUGAAAAAGCGCAAUUUCUUCAUCACAGCGGUGAACCUCGAUUCUUUAACGCAGAUGUGCAAGAAACAGGAUCUCAAACUUAAGAGACGUCUUCCUCAUAUUCUUUAAUUAAAAAAUAUGAAUUUGCAUAAAAAUCGCAAUCUAAGUAGCGUUUAGAAUAGAAGUGAUUUUAUUUUAUUUCUCUAAAUCUACCUUUAUUUAUUCACAGAAGUUAUACAAAAGAAUAUUCAGAAUGAUUACACGCGAUAUGUGAAGACCGCAUGAAAUAUAUGUUGUAACUAUUGUUAAUUCUAA